AUGGUCUCUCCGACGACGGUCAAGGCGCUCCUGCGCGAACUUACCUCUUUGCAACGCAACCCGCCCGCAGACAUCCGUGUCGCUCUCUCGGAAGCCGACAUCCUCUCCUUCUCCGGCUGGAUCCUGGGUCCCCCAUCCACGCCUUAUGCCGGGGGCUUCUUUCGGGUCACAUUCAAUUUCGAUGGCGUCGACUUCCCCAAUGCACCCCCCAUCUGUCGGUUUGCCACCCCCAUCUUCCACCCCAACGUCUCACGGAGCGGGGAGAUCUGCGUAUCGAGUCUCAAGAAGGACUGGAAGCGCGAGUACGGGAUAGAGCGGAUUCUCGUGACGAUUCGUUGUCUGUUGGUGGAGCCGAACCCGGACAGUGCGCUGGAUGCCGAGGCGAGCAGGUUGAUGCAGGAGGACUGGGCGACGUACGAGGAGACAGCGAGGUUGUGGACGAGUGUGCACGCCGAAAAGAGGCCUGCUUGCUUCGAGGAGGACAAGGCAGAGCAGGGUCGAGUCGCAGCGUCCGAACCAGCAAGACCGUCGGUUGUGCCGACACUGCCUGUGUCAUGCUCAGCAUCCGCAUCGGCAGCGACACCGCACACCAUCAAAGCAGCCAAAUCCGUCUCAGCAGCACCUAAGCGCGGCUUACGCCGACUGUAA